AUGGGUGUUAGAGCUCAAACAGCGAAACCCAAGCUCAUAGAGUUGGGUUCUUCACUUUCUCCAACGAAUGGAUCCAGUUCAUGGGUCUCACCCUCCGGUCAUUUUGCAUUUGGUUUCUACCCACAAGAUACUGGAUUCGCAGUAGGCGUAUGGCUGGUCGGUCAAUCUGGAAAGACCGUUGUCUGGACUGCUAACCGAGAUGAUCCGCCGGUGUCCUCCAACACUGCUCUUGAAUUCACCAGAAAUGGUAAGCUGCUUCUUCGAACUGGGCCGGGUGAAGAAGUAUCCAUUGCAGAUGUGGCAGAAUCCGCAGCCUCAGCUUCUAUGCUCGAUUCUGGAGGUUUUUUUCUUAGUUUGCAGUCAGGUGGACGGAUUGUUUCCUACCCCUACAAUAUGGGAGUUUCGGAGGACCCUUAUUGGACUGUCGAUGCACGAGAUCUCAACGACAAGGGGCUUUUAAGCUCAUAUGAUGCUACCUCAAAUGUACUUACUCUAGCCAGCAAUAUCUCAUCAGAUAAUGCCAAAAAUGAGACCAUCAUUUACAGAGCAACCUUAGAUGUUGAUGGGGUUUUCAGGUUGUAUUCCCAUAGCUUUGGGAACAGUAAUAUCUCCAGUGUCUCCAUUAUGUGGUCGGCAUUCAAAAAUCCAUGUGAUGUGAAAGGUCUCUGCGGUGUUAAUGGCUUAUGUUCAAGCAAUGGCACCAAUGCCAACUGUUCUUGCGUUCCAGGGUUCGUAUCCAUUAACCGGGAGAAGUAUUCGGGGUGCUACAGGAGCUUCAAUAAUGAAGAAGGAUGCAGGGGACAAGAGCCAGAAUCGCUCUACAACAUUACUACCUUAAGAAAUGUGAGUUGGGAAGGCGCCAAUCCUUAUUCUGCCCUAACAUCACUAAAUGAGCAGGGUUGCAGCAGGUCUUGUCUACAAGAUUGCAAUUGUUGGGCGGCUUAUUAUUUCAAUGGCACUUGCAGAAGAUAUAAGCUUCCUCUGGUACAUGGGAUUGCGAAUCAAAAUGAAUCAGGCAUCACCUUCCUCAAGAUGAGUUUGGGAACUGCCUAUGUUGGAGGCAAUAUUCCUGCUCCAAGGAAUCAAACAAAGGUGAUUGAAAGCAAUAAGAAAGAACUUAUUUUAAUCCUUGCUUCAAGUUUGGGUUCCAUUGCUUUCUUAUGUGCUCUAGUUGCAGUGUCUAGCUUCUUUAUAUACAGAAGCCAAGUUCAUCGGUACAGAACGCUGUCAGAAAAUGCAAUGGAAGAGUUUACUCUGCGAUCGUUUUCUUAUAAUGAUCUGGAGAAAGCUACAGAUGGGUUCAGGGAAGAGUUGGGUAGGGGUCCUUUUGGAGCAGUGUAUAAAGGGACUAUAGCUCAAGGCAACCAGACUAUUGCUGUGAAGAGACUAGAAAAAGUUGUGGAAGAAGGAGAAAGGGAGUUCCAAGCAGAAAUGACCAUAAUUGGGCGAACCCAUCACAGGAACUUGGUCCGGUUGCUGGGUUUUUGUAUGCAGGGCUCUAAGAAGCUUCUUGUUUAUGAAUACAUGAGCAAUGGCUCACUUGCAGAUCUUCUCUUCAAUGGUGAAAAGCGCCCGAUUUGGAGAGAAAGAGUCAGAAUUGCCCUAGAUGUAGCAAGAGGGAUCUUCUACCUCCAUGAAGAGUGUGAGGUCCACAUCAUCCAUGGCGACAUAAAGCCUAAGAACAUACUAUUGGAUGAUUCUUGGACUGCCAAGCUUUCAGAUUUCAGGCUAGCGAGGCUUCUGAGGCCUAAUCAAACUGGAACCAUUUCUCGUUUCGGAGGGAGUAGUAGAGGCUAUUCGGCACCCGAGCGGCAGAAGAGGAUGUUGAUAUCAGUGGAAGCAGAUGUGUACAGUUUCGGAGUAGUGCUAUUGGAGAUUGUGUGUUGCAGAAGUAAUUUGGAUAUCAAUGUUUCGACAGGAGACGAGAUACUUCUUUGCAGUUGGGUGUACAGUUGCUUUGUGGCAAGAGAGUUGGAGAAGCUUGUGGAAGGUGAAGAAGUGAACAUGAAAACCCUGGAAAGGAUGGUGAAGGUUGGAUUAUUGUGCAUUCAAGAUGAUCCAAGUCUGCGCCCUACAAUGAAGAAUGUGAUCCUGAUGUUGGAAGGGACCGUGGAUGUGCCUGUACCUCCAUCUCCAACUCCUCUAGGUUCCUGAUGUAUAUGCACCCACACACAGAAAUAGUAUUUACCUAGAGGACUUUUUUUGCAAAUAAAUAAAACUAUUACA